GCGCGGGUGGCGGUUGACUGACGGGGCGGGGGCGGGGUGGCCAUGCGCGGCCAUGUCGCACAAGCAGAUUUACUAUUCUGACAAGUACGACGACGAGGAGUUCGAGUAUCGGCACGUGAUGCUGCCCAAAGACAUCGCCAAGCUCGUCCCCAAGACCCACCUGAUGUCCGAGUCCGAAUGGCGCAACCUGGGCGUCCAGCAGAGCCAGGGCUGGGUCCACUACAUGAUCCACGAGCCAGAACCGCACAUCCUGCUGUUCCGCCGGCCACUGCCCCAGAAGCCCAAGAAAUGAGCGCCCGUGCCCGGGGCCCCGAUGCCGGCCCGCGCCCCUGCCCGCCCACGGCCCCCGCCGCCUCCGUCUCGGCCCGUCGCCCGGUGGAAGGAACGUCCCCCUAGGCCUCGGCCCCCCGCCGCCGGCCUGCGAGGAGCGGGCCCGUGCGCCGGAGGCGGCCCCGCCGGUUCCCGCCGCGGCCCGGGGCGCCCACGGAACCGUCCGGGGGCCGGGAGCCUCCUGCCUCGGGCCGUCCGCCCACCCACCCUGUAAUCCCAACCCUCCAAUAAAGACAAACGUUUUCCUAGC